CUUCCACAGGCCCAGAGCCAUCUAUUGAAGAAAGAGAGGAAGGCAUUUGCCUCAUGUGGUGGUGAAAUAUCGUGUUUGUAGUUUCUUAGUGUGAUACGAAAGAAGAAUUUCUGCAGAUACAAAAAUGAAUGAACAACGACAAUAUUCAGAAGAUCCCAAUAUUCAAUGGGCACUUGAAUUACUAAAGCCAGAUCCCACUUAUCAACCCAGUAUCAUGCAAAAAUACUCUGCAGAAUUUUGGAGUAUGUCUGCUGGUUUCACAAUGGCAAGCCUGAGAAAUUGUUACUAUCGCAGGCCGUUUUUUGCCGGUUUGCAACUGCAUGCUAUGUUUGUAGCAGGAGGAUAUAUUUUUUCACAAUAUGCAAAGAAAUUUAUUCAUUUUCUUGAAGCUCGACGUGAUACCAGAUUAAGAAAUUAUAUUAUAUUACAUCCAGAACUUUUUCCUGAACCAGUACGUGUAAAAUAUGGUGAUAUUCUUGAACCAUGGACUCCAAUACGUUAGAUUGCCGUUAUUCUGUGAAAGAAAGAAUAGUUCAUGGGAUUUCAUACAGCAUGAAAACACUUUAUUUUCUCUUUGUUAAUAAUCCAGAUCGGGCAGUAUAUGCUUAACAUUAUAGAUGCCUGUGAAUGAUUGUCAAGUAUAUGCUCUGUACGAGAAUAAAAGUACAAGUUCACGCACGCUGGGUCGUACAUUUGAGAUAGAACUUUAUCGAUAGUUUCUAUUCCUGACAUUGAAGGAGGAAUGAAACGUCUGUUACAGUCGUUAUUAGAUAUAUCACACGCAGCAUCCAUAUU